GGUUUUUUCCUAAUUAUACUGUUUUAUUAAUGAACGUAGUAACAAGUGUAGCUCGGGAAGAAGACGUCUUUUUGCUAAUUCUCUCGGUACGUUUCUUCACGCCAUUUUUGCGUACUGAAAUCAAAAAGUUUAGUACGCAUAUCAUUUACAUAGUAUCAGUUUUAGAGAAGGGUUGUAUGCAUAUCGUGCGCAGGUUUAUUCUAGCUAUUGCUGCCUGCUUUACUACUGUAUACCAAGGCGUUUCCUUAAAAAAACGCAUUAUUUAUAGCUGCGAGAUUCGUCUUUUCAAUGACAACAAUAACAGCUGAAUAGAUUAAAUUACGUUUCUUAUGCUAGUAUCAGUUACAAAAAACAAACGUAUAUCUGAUAAGGCCAAUAAACUCAACGUCGUGCUGUCGCUGAUAUCACAGCAGGAAGUUUUUUUUCCCGCUCACCCGCGCGGGAAGGGUCAGUUCAAACCACGAAGAGGACUGCUGCGGGAAUAAUCGUCGGCUACUAGAAGCUUCCAGAAAGUCGCACGUCACGCUGAGUAUAAAAGACGAGCGGGCACAUUCCAAGCUCAGCAGGGCUCACAGAAAGGUAUAAAUAGGGGCGGUUCUUGG